AUGGGUGUGGGAGAAGGCUCCGUGGUUGAGGUGAAGAUUGAGACAGGUCCUGAAAGAACUUAUUGCAGUAUUCCAGGCAGAGACAGGAGUGGUAGGUGUGAAAGUGGAGAGAAGCAGUCAGACUCAGGAUAUAUUUUGGAAGUAGAACCACCGGGACUUGAUGAUGGGUUGGCUGGAAACAGGGGGCCGAUUAAUGUAGUAGUGGCGAUAGAAGAGCCGAGUUACGAGGUCCAAGGCAGAGCGGCAGGUGGGCCUGCGCGUGCGUGGCUGGCGGAGCGAGUGGAUUCCAGGACCCCGCCGCCCGCACCGAAAGAUUUUCGAAGGCGCCAAAAGCCCUGGCUUCCAGCCUCAAGCCACCACAUCUCUGCACCGGGAAGGAAGGAGGGCCCUGGAGGCAGGAGGCGGCUGUGCUGGUUCGCCGCGCAGCACGGCGCGGAACCCGACGGCGGGUCUGGCCGCUGUGCCUCCUUGGCCGCGGCCGCCCUUGCACGGGUCCGCGCGGGGAGCUGGGCCGAGACCGGCCGCAGCCCCCGACGCACGGACUUCCUGCCCGGCGUCUCCCCCCGACUCGUCCCUAGAGGCUCGGGGGCGGCGAGUGCCGCGGACCUAGCGGUGGGGUGCGGGCGCCGGGGAGCCGGGGGCUCCUCUGGCGCCGGCAAGGACGUGACUUUGAGCGAAAGACAAUGUCAAGUGCAAGUGAAGAAAAAAAGGAGAGGAGUACGAAGGUCGGGGGUGAGAAAACCUGAUUUUCUGUUUACUGAACCGCCUCCCAUUGCUCCAGAAUUUAACCCCGAAGGAGCUUCGAGGCACCGCCCGCACCGUAAAUCCCUGGGACUCGCACCCCGCAGACCGGCGUCCCGUGCCGCCUCUCAGACGGGCGCCCCGAGGCUGGCGCUGGCCCGUCUUUCCCUCCGGGCCCGCCUGAGGUUCCCGGCCGAGCCCGACCUUGGCCGUUCUUCCGGCUGCGCCCGGGAGAGGCCUGGAGGCCUGGGCCCGGCGCCGCUUCGGGCAGCAGGGCUCCGGGUUGGCCGGGGACGCAGCCCGGGCGCGAGUGCGCGAACGGGGCCGCGCCACUCCCGCCGCCGGGCGCAGGUGGAGGUGUUCUGCGGGCCGCUCACCCCGGGGCCGAAGGCGGGCCGGGCCCCCAGUUACCCGGGAAAGGUCUAUUUUCGGGCCUCCCUCCCCCGCCCAGCGUGCGCCCUCCCCUCCUCCCCUCGGGUACAGUUUGUCUUUUUCGUUUUCUUUCCUCGACGCUUCUCGAUUCCUCCAUCCCUUUGCGGCACGCGCCCACCACCAACGCCGCGGGCGAAUUGGAGGGCUCUAUGUGCCUGCCCCGGGGGUGUAGCCGCGGGCCCCGGGGCCGUCUCCCCUACGGGCCGGGGACCGAGGGGGGGGGGGCCGCCUUGCCGCCAGGAGCAGCGCGGGCGGGAGAUGCGCGGAACGUCCAGGACGGGGAGGGGGCCGCGCCAGCGCCCGGGCCCUGCGUCCCUCCCCAUCUGUCGGACCAAAGCUGCUGAAGCUGCAGAAUUGCGCUGGCGCCCGUCCACCGGCUGCAAACAAAACCAAACAAAACGCGGCGAAAGGAAAAGCGAAAUGGCGCUGCUGAAAAUGGAGCCUCGGCCUCUAGGACGUCUUUCUUUCCUCUGUCUCUUACUUCGUCUACUUUGUGUUUCUAGUCCUUCAACGCCCCUCUCCUCGGCUCUCCUCCCUGUAAUCUCUACCCCAUCGCCCCUUUGCUUUUCUGAUUAACAACCUCCUUUCCCCGCUUUUCCUUCUUUCCUUUCCCCUCUCGGUUCCUCCUUCUCCAUUUUGUGUCACAGGCGCUUCUCUUCUCAGUUCCCUUUCUGGGCUCGCGCUCCCCCGCCCGUCUCACUUGAUGUUUUCUGCGUGUCGGGGAGCGGGGGCGGUAGGGACGGUGAGGCUAGGUAGCGAGUGGGUUUGGUAGAGACAGGUUUUAUUUAGAACCCAAACAGCUCCUUUAAUUAGCCGUGCGCUCGCCCUGCGCCCUCGUCCCCCGCGGCUCUGCGCCCGGACUCGCGCGGCGCCGUCCCACCAGCCAGGCGUCACCGCCCAGGAGGCGGCUCAGGGCUUACGCAGAAGUGAAUACCUUUUUAUAUAUUUUAAGCUUAGAAUAUCGUUUUUGCAGUGAUCGUGAGCGUGGCAUACUUCGGAUAGGUGGAUCUCAUUUUCCCAAGGGACUUCCAAAGACCAUUUUAAGAGAAGCGUGCAGAGAAGACAGCAAUAUUAAUCACUUUUUCUUGUUUUCUUUUGAGCAGAGGGAACCCCAAGCACUAAGAUACUUAUGUUUUUAAGGCCAGACUUUUUUGAAAAUGACUUUUUCUUUUACACUCAUAGUUGACUUUGAUCCUUUAAAAAAUGAGGGUGAACUCUUUCAAAAGAGACCGAUGCUUUUGAAUACAUAACACCCCCCAAUUGUGGUUCUCGGAUAAUUUCUCUAGACGCAUUAUGAUUUUGAGGUUCAAGGUCUCUAAGCGCUCUUCAGUGAAACAGUGGGAAAUAUGUUGCUACGUUAAAAGAGCAGAAGGUGAUAUUUCCUGAUUGUGCUCUAUCUUAGUAGUAGAGAGUGUCGGGGUUUGUUUUUGCUUUUUUGGGGGGGGGGCUAAGGGGGAGUUGGGCAGAAUUUGCCUUGGUUCUGUUAAAGAACCAGCUGAUAGAAGCUAUUUCAAGUGAAGAGCUUCAGUCAAUACAAAUCUUAAAGCAGUGACAUCAUUUUCUGACCUGAGUUCGUCUUUUAGUCAUGGUAGAAAGGUUAGUCUCCGUACAAUAUUUGAAAAUAAACUGAUUUUGCUUCCCAGUAUAUUUAUUACCAACUACACUUCACUUUAUUCCCAAAUCUUCUGGCCAGUUUCACCUCCUCUAGAGGUCUGUCAGAACCAUAUCCUCCAGAAGAAAACACAAGUGCUCCUCCCGUAUGUGAUUCUAAUGCUCUUGGAAUUAUUUGAAAAGAUUUCAAACUUUUACAAGGAGAAUCUUUUAAAAAAUGUCUCAGGUUAGUAUUCUUUGAAAGAAUCUUAGAAUGGUUCUUUGUAAAAAUUACCUUCCUUGGUUUUCAUUUAUUGCUUUGAUUAAAGUUAGGUUAUGUUCAUCUCUUACUUUCAGACUAUUUCUUUAUGAAAGAAAGGAGAAAGGAAGUAGGUCUUGCAAGAACUAAACCAAUGGAACUAGGCCUUAUUAAGAGCCUAAAUCUGUGAAUUGCUAUCCUCAUGAUAUGUUUAUCAAAUUGAGUUUUGCAUGUGUUUUUCUCUGACUCAAAUAGUUGACUUUAUGUCUUUUAAAAAUAGGUUUUAAUCCAGGCUCCUGCUGCUUUGUUAUGCUUUUCUCCUGGUAGAUGAACAAAUAAAAUGAGUCUCACUGGAAGGGUAGGUAGAUUUUCUUUUUUCCAGACAAGAUUUCUAAAAAUAGGCAAAGUUAGAAAGUUAUUAUUACCCUUCAUUUUAAUUGGAAUGAUUCAGUACUUAAUACCAAGUUAAUACUAUUAAGAUGUUAUUUCCUGCUCAAAGGAGAUAAAUUAAGGCACAACUCAGUUUAUUUUAGAUGGACAACUUUGUAUAUAAGCAAGUGGGGCUAGAAAAAAGUAUCAUAUAUUUAGAUAUCUAGAUAUCUAGUACUAGUAAUGUUCAAAGCCCAUCGAGGCAGUGUAUUGGGGAGAAGGGUAUAAAUCAGACAUGGUAUCUGAUGUUGAAGAGUUUACAGUUUGUAAGGAGGGAUUAAUUCCUUCUUUAUUUUUUCUCAUUUAAAAACAAACAUUCAUAUGGACAAAAAUAAAAUUAGAUCCCUACCUUACUCUACACACAAAUUAAAUUUCAGAUAGACCAAAAACCUAAAUAAGAAAAACAAAACUUUAAAAAUAUUGGAAGGAAAUACAGGAGAAUAUCUUUAUGACCUUGGUGUAGGGAAGGAUUUCUUAAAACAUUAAAAUGCACAAUCCAUAGAGGAAAGGAUAAAUUGAAUUAUGUUAAAAUAAAUCAUAUAUAUAUGACAAAAGACAUCAUAAAAGGACAAAUGGAGACAAUAUUUCCAAGACAUGAACUCGACAAAGGAUUAAUAUUCAGAAUGUGUGAAUAGCAUAUAAAGAAUUUAAUAAUUUACACAUGAAUAAUCAUGUAAGUAAAGGAUACGGAUAUACACAUGUGAAGUAAAAGUAUAGUGCUAUUACCAGGAAGGAUAUAUAUUGACUUCAAAAGUGAUUUCCUUUUGGAGAAAAGGAAGGAGGGGAAUAGGAAGGAAUCCAAAGGGGGUAUCAAUUCUUUAUAAAAAGAUCAGAGCCACCUAUGGUAGGAUGUUAACCUUUUUGUUGUUUGUACUUUAUCAUAAGAUUAUUAUAAUUGGACUUCCCUGGUGGUGCAGCGGUUAAGAAUCCGCCUGCCAAUGCAGGGGACACGGGUUUGAGCCCUGGUCCGGGAAGAUCUCACAUGCCGCGUAGCAACUAAGCCCGUGUGCCACAACUACUGAGCCUGCACCCUAGAACCCGCGAGUCACAACUACUGAAGCCCGUGCACCUAGAGUCCGUGCUCCACAACGAGAGAAGCCACCGCAAUGAGAGGCCUGCGCACAGCAAUGAAGAGUAGCCCCUGCUCGCUGCAACUAAAACAACAAAAAAAGAAAGCCCGCGAGGAGCAACAAAGACCCAACGCAGACAAAAAUAAGGUAUCUGGUCUCACCCCUAAACCCUGGGUAGGCCAUGUCUCUACUCUCUUAGAGCCAGAGUCUGACUACUCAGGAUGGCAGAAAGGACAUGUCUGGAGAGAUGCACGUUUGUCUGCUGGAUUGAAGAGUAGGACUAGGGAAGAAGACAAGGCGUGAUGAGAGAGAUGAAGCUGGAGAGGAAGUAGCUGCAAGGAGGAGGCUAUUCCCAGGGCUUUGGUCUGUACGCACUCCCUAUACCUGAAAUUUUAUUGGAACUGUGGAAAUGGAGCAGUGGUUUUACUUUUCACUCUGCCUUUAGUGGGACUCCCUGGAAGAAGUGCUGUGCCAGUGACUGGUCUUUCUCCUGAAUAAAGCAUCUUGGCCUUAAUGACCGCAGGUUUGGAUCCUCUGGUUUCAUCUAAAUUAUACCCUCUGAUUGAUUUAAGAUGUUAUUUUUCUUUCAUUUCUUUUAAACAGAACUACUGAUCUUUGAAAAAUUUAAAUAGCAUCUGUACGACAAUUUGGAAGCGAAAGAAAUAUAAUGUGUUAUUUUCCAAUAGGGUCUAUGACUAAGGCAGGGCAGCUAUUAUUAAUUCUAUGGUCUCUGAGUUCGACUGGAAUCUCCCUUUGGCGUCUGCUCAUUCUCUUUAUUCUUUUUUUUUUUUUUUUUGCGGUACGCGGGCCUCUCACUGUUGUGGCCUCUCCCGUUGCGGAGCACAGGCUCAGCGGCCAUGGCUCAUGGGCCCAGCCGCUCGGCGGCAUGUGGGAUCUCCCAGACCGGGGCACAAACCCGUGUCCCCUGCAUCGGCAGGUGGACUCUCACCACUGCGCCACCAGGGAUGCCCUCUUUAUUCUUUUGAAGUAAAUGAAAAGAGGAUAUCUGUUCUGGUUUUUUUUUUUUUUUUUUUUUGCGGUACGCGGGCCUCUCACUGUUGUGGCCUCUCCCGUUACGGAGCACAGGCUCCGGACGCGCAGGCUCAGCGGCCAUGGCUCACGGGCCCAGCCGCUCCGCGGCACGUGUGAUCCUCCCGAACCGGGGCACGAACCCAUGUCCCCUGCAUCGGCAGGCGGACUCCCAACCACUGAGCCACCAGGGAAGCCCUGUUCUGAAUUUUUUAAAGUUAAUUUCUAAUGGGUGAGUUCAGAAAGGCAGGACUGGGAAUUUGUCAGUGCAUUCACUGUAUAGACGGGAUAGCAAAAAACUUGCCUCCAACUGCUCCUGUGAACACGAACACAUUAUGGAAAAUAAAAGGCUGUGGCUACCUCAUGGAUGGUGGUGUGGUCAAGUGGCGGACUGAGAGGUAGAACCCAUGAAAGUUUCUGAGAUACCCAUAGGGUCUUCCUGGAGCAGUUUUCCCAUGCUCCUGAAGAAAGUGGAAAUCUGUGCUGCUCCCAGACCACCAUUUCUAGCUGGAUCAAGGAUUCUAUUGGUCUGGACACAGUUGAAAUCAUCGAUAUUGUUAGCGAAUCAUACUUUUUCACUACUGAGAUAAGCAAUGAUUAAUAUUUUCAUUCUGGAUUAUUUGGUAAAACCAUCGAAAAUGAUUUCUACCUCCAAAAGAGAGGUUCAUGAAGGAAAAAAAACUAUAAUUUUUAAUAAUUUUGAUUGAACCCAUUAGAAUAGAAUAUCAGUAUAUUAUUUCUGCCUUAGUUUGCCUUUUCUCAUAUACCAUGUCUGUUUAAUUAAAAAUAAAAUGGAGAUUAUUGUCUGAAUAAUUUCACAAAAUUUCCUAGCUGACACAAUUUUUAAAAUGAUAGAAAAAAGAUAUGAUAUUCUAAUAUACCUGUCUCAAUUUUCUUAUUUUAUGUGUAGACCCAAUUUAGUGGUCAACUAUGGGAGAAGUAUGCUCUAUGGUUACUGCUCUGUGUCAUGCUGCUACUGGCCUGCUAAGUUGAUAACUGACCCUUAGUCAACAAUUUUGAAUGAGACGAUACUUUUAGUGAGUAGGAAAUAUCAUUUAAGCUUGAGCCUGGUUGGAAGGAUUUGACUCCCCUUUACUAUAUAUCAGUUUUAAAAUGUGACUUCAGUUAGUUUUGAAAAUUGGUCUCAUAGUUCUUCUCUUGCUCUUAGAGACUCCUGGUUCAGCAUUCUCUCUCUUUUUUAAAUUAAUUAAUAUUGGCUGCGCCAGGUCUUAGCUGCGGCAUGUGGGAUCUUUAGUUGCAGCAUGUGGACUCUUAGUUGCGGCAUGCACACAGGAUCUAGCUCCCCGACCAGGGAUUGAGCCUGGGUCCCCUGCAUUGGGAGCGUGGAAUCUUACCCCCCUGGACCACCAGGGAAGUCCCUAGCAUUCUCUUUUAACUGAUUUCCUGGUGCCACAAUCUUCCAUUUAUUGAGAUGAUUUCUCUAACUCAUUGAUUUCUUUUUACAUUCUAACUGGAUUUUUCAUUUUUAACAACUCAAUCCUUUUGAAAUACAGGAAUUGAAAAGAAUUAAGGUCAUGCACAGUUGUGUUAAUGGAAAUCCUGUGAGUUGCCUCUUCUGUUGGUUUGAAGCUGGAGGCACAUCUUCUGAUAGCCUUUGAUUCAUGCUUCCAGGAAGGUCUAUAAAUCAGUGUAGUCCAUCUUGCCUUGGAUGUCAAGACAGGUGGAUCCAAUUUGCAAGAUGUUCUUCUCUCUUUUUUUCCUCUCUAAGAAGGAAAUAAAAUAUACAGGCCCAUUAAUCUGCAGAGGUCAGCUUCUUUGAUAGGGCACAUUCUUGGAAAAGUUAAAGUUGCAGUUCAUUGUGUAUGAUAUACAAAAAGGGGGCAAGAUGCCCAGUCCUUUUCACUUUUAGCAAUUAUAAAGACCUAAGUAUUAAUGAAGCUUUAAGAAUCAUUUGUUGUGGGUUACCCUGAAAUUUCAGGAAAAAUGAUGUAUGUUUCUAAAGUUAAUCCAGGGCUUCCCUAGUGAUGCGGUGGUUAAGAAUUCACCUGCCAAUGCAGGGGACACGGAUUCUAUCCCUGCUCCGGGAAGAUCCCACAUGCUGGCGGGGCAACUAAGCUUGUGCACCACAACUACUGAGUCUGCACUCUAGAGCCCGCGAGCCACAACUGCUGAAGCCCGUGCGCCUAGAGCCCGUGCUCCGCAACAAAGAGAAGCCACCACAGUGAGAAGCCUGGGCACCACAAUGAAGAGAAGUCCCUGCUCCCUGCAACUAGAGAAAACCCACAACGAAGACCCAAUGCAGCCAAAAAUAAAUAAAUAAUAAAGUUAAUGCAGUGGGCUUAAUUUGUCUUUAAAAAUUGGGCAUAGAUAUUAAGGCCUAAAAUGAGACAAUCACAAAGAUUUAGAUGACAACACAUGCUUUUAUUUUUGUAAAUGGGCAUUUUGCAUAAAAGCUGCAUUUGAUAUACGUAAUUGGAGUGAAAUGUUGAUAUUCCAUUCAAUAUGUUUAAUAUUUAUAUGUUCUUUUGAAGUAUUUACAAAUGGAGAGACCAAAAGGCAAAGCUAAUGAACCGUGGACAGAACGAUUUAUUUUCUUAAAAAUAUUAACAACUGGGCUUCCCUGGUGGCGCAGUGAUUGAGAGUCCGCCUGCCGAUGCAGGGGACGUGGGUUCGUGCCCCGGUCCGGGAGGAUCCCACGUGCCGCGGAGCGGCUGGGCUCGCGAGCCAUGGCCGCGGGGCCUGCGGGUCCGGAGCCUGUGCUCCGCAACGGGAGAGACCACAACAGUGAGAGGCCCGCGUACCGUAAAAAAAAAAAAUUAACAA